AUCUGACAACUCCGGAGAUGCUCAGUUCAUCUUCUCCGGCGAAAUAUUAUUUUUUCGGCUACAAGUGAAAACUCAUUUUCUCCCUUUAAGUCAUUCUUCAUCUACAUCUUUUUUUGUAAGUUAUUUCUUCAAAUAUUAUUUUGAAUCAGAUAAACACAAAACCCCCAGAUCAGAUGAACACAAGAACCCCAUAUUAGUUGUUUCUUCAAACUCAAGAACACUAGGUCAGAUGAACACAUACGAUCUUCAACACAAACAUAAAAGCAUACUUAAUGUUCUGUGUGUGUUUUCCAGAAACACAAAGACCAAAAAUCGAACCCAAGAACAACCUUAAGUCGAGUUGGGGUUUUCAAACCCAGAAAUUGAUUUCCAAGAACAAAGAAGAAAUCGAUUUGGUGUGUUUUGAGUUCCUUGAAGAUGAACACACUCAAAUCGAGCUUGAGAGUUCUUGAACACACUCAAACCCAGAAAUCGAUUUUCAAGAUCUGUACUUAAAAGCCGUCAUGAAAACCCUCGAGUUCGUGUUUAAAAAAAUCGAAGGAAAAAAAUGGGUUUUUACUUGUCGCCGGAAAAAUAAUGUUUCGCCGGAGAAGAUGAACAGUGCAUCGUUGGAGUUGUCAAAGACGCCGGAAACCGGCUAUAUCUCUGAUACUAGGUCAUAAGGAUGCUUUUUGAACUGUUCAACAAGUUCAAUGGGAAAUAUUGACAAAAAAAAAACUCAAUAAAUAAAUUUGUACAAAUUCAGAAAUAAGUUCCCUUAAGUCAUUAUCCCCAAAAUAAAACACCAAAAUUUCUGAUAUAAUUGUACAUAACUACAUGUAUAAUUUUGCUGAGGUAACUUGAGAAUGAAUGGUGAGAUAUUUAUUUUAUUUAAGCCACUUGUAAUUUACUCGGCUGUUUCGCCAACAUCGGGGAGAAGGAGAAUUUACCUUCAAAACAGUGUCACAGACUCACAUCUCUCUCUCUCUCUCUCUCUCUCUCUCUCUCUCUCUCUCUCUCUCGCCGGAACCCCAACCGAACGAUGUCCGACUACGGCCCCUCCGACGGCGGAUCAGGCUGUUGCAGGUGUUGUUUCAGCUUCAUCCUAACCUUAGGUCUCACCUCCCUCUUCCUGUGGCUGAGCUUACGCACUUCAAAUCCAGUUUGCUCCAUCCAAGACGUUUACAUUCCCGCCCUCAAUAAAACCCUAAAUUCAACCUCCUAUCAAUCUAUCUACCUCGAUCUGAAGCUCGACAACGAGAACAAAGACAAAGGUAUUUACUACGACCCGCUCAACAUCACUUUACAUUAUUACAUCAACCAAUCAAAUGGAAAUGGAAUCCCUAUUUCCAACUACGCGCUCAAAGGCUUUUAUCAAGGACAUCAGAAAAAAGCACGUCGGAAAAACUGGACGGACACACAUGGGGUGCCGUGGGAUGUAGCCGUGAAGACCGGUGGUGGACCGCCGGUCUUCAGGGUGGAUUUGGCGACGGCGGUUAGGUUUAAGAUAUUGUUUUGGAAAACAAAGAGACAUAGACUCAUACUUGGGGCUGAUUUUGAAGUUAGUGAUAGAGGUCAGAAACUGCAAAAGAAAGGUACAAGGUUAAAAUCCGGUGCACCGGAGUUGUUUUCCGGUAAUUCUCAUGUAGCUUCCUCAUUGGUUGUUUUUUGUACCUUCCUAUUGGUGGACAUUUGAAUGUAGUCUUUUUGUAUUAUUAUUAUUUUUUUUAUAUAUAUAUUUUUGUAUCUUCA